GCUGGGAGAGCGCGCGGGUGUGCAGCUGCCGCCGCGCUCGAGCCGGGCUUGCCGAGGUCGCGUCCGCCUCCCUCCCUCCCUCCCCUCCGUUCACCCGUUCGGUCCGCGGAAAGGCACGCGCCUGCCGCCCGGGAGAGCCGCCGCUGUCAAUCAAAAGACGCUGGGUGCAAAGCUGGAAGCCGCCGGUCGCUGCGCUUUGCUCUCUCUCUCCUCUCCUCUCCUUCCAGACAGCAGCCAUGGGUUUCCUACACCAGCUGCACCUCUUACUGUGGAAGAACAUCACCCUGAAACGCCGGAGCCCGUGGGUUUUGGCAUUCGAGAUCUUCAUACCAUUGGUUCUUUUCUUCAUUUUGCUGGGACUACGUCAGAAGAAACCAACUAUUCCUGUCAAAGAAGGUCAGGCAGCAUCUAUGGAGACGAACAAACAGUCCAGCCCUUCUUCAGGACUGGAAAGGAAGAAGGAAGACACCAAAAUAAGAGCAUUCUACACAGCUGCGCCGCUGACAUCUGCCGGGAUACUCCCCGUGAUGCAGUCUCUGUGUCCCGAUGGCCAGAGGGAUGAAUUUGGAUUCCUGCAAUAUUCCAACUCCACAGUCACACAGUUACUCGAGAGAAUCAAUGAAGUGGUGGAAGAGAGCAAUCUGUUUGACCCUGAUCGCCCAGGUCUUGAAGAAGAGCUGGAAUCACUUCGGCGUCAUCUGGAAUCAAUGAAUAAUGACCCAAGCUCAGUGGAGAACCACUUCAACCACACUUACGGAUUCACCCUUGGAUCAGUUGUGAAGGACCGGGCUGAACUUCAACACUUCUUGACACACAACAUGUCCAUGUCCAAUGAAACAGCUGGACUCCUACUGGGAUCAAGUAUCAAUUUGAAGGAGGUAUUCCGCCUUUGCUUUGGAUCAUAUCCAUCAGCCAUAGACAGUGAACUGGACAGCGAUAACUGGGAUGCAUUUAGUGCUGGAGAGAAACUUCUUCGGCUAGAGGAGCAUCUUUUGGGAGGCUGGCAGAAGAUAGAAGGAGGACUGAUCCAUAAAGCCUUAAGUGACCCAGAAAAAGUGACACAUAGACAAAAACUUGUCCAGCUAUUGGCCCAAGCUCUUGGUCUAGCAGGAUCCAGUAACUCCAUAGAUGGCUAUGAUCCAGAGGGACUUGUUGGAGAGAUGGAGAAUAUUCUGUUUGUGCCCAAUGUGUUUGAAUCCCUGACCUGUGGUGAUGAAAAGGAUGAACUCCAGAAGAUUCUAAUGAUUCCAGCAUCUCAGACAGCCCGGCUUAACCAUUACCGAGGAGUUGUUUGCAACACCACCACCAGGGUGCGGAAAGAACGUUUUCAGCAACUCGCACAUGAACUUAAAAACCAGGUGGACAUUCAGAAGAUUGUGGAAAAGUUGAAGCUGAAUGAGGUGAACAGCACGGCAGUCCAGCAUCACCUUCGGGCCUUACUUGAGGACCUGAUUGAGGUUGAAAAGAUUCUGAAAGAUGUAGAUGCUUUGUCAGGACUCGCCAAACUAUUGCCAAAAGGAGCUUGUGCUGGCAAAAGCCCAUCAACAACAGCCAAUAGCACCAGCUGGAGCAGCAACUUCACCACAGCCAACGUCACCUCAGAGGAGGGAGAAGAGGCCCAAAAGGAGAAUCCUCACACUCAGUUUUCAGCUUUUGUCCAGCUCUGGGCUGGCCUUCAGCCGAUUCUCUGUGGGAAUAACAGAACUAUAGAACCUGAAGCAUUAAAACAGGGCAACAUGAGUUCUUUAGGCUUCACCAGCAAGGAGCAACGCAACCUAGGACUACUGGUGCAUCUCAUGACCACCAAUCCAAAAAUCCUUUAUUCUCCAGUGGGCACAGAGGUGGACAAAGUUAUAGAAAAGGCUAAUGAAACAUUUGCUUUUGUUGGCAAUGUCACUCACUAUGCCAGAGUCUGGCUGAAUAUUUCCUCUGAAAUCCGCACUUUUCUGGAAGAAGGCAAGCUACAGAAUCGCAUCAGCUGGCUGCAGCAAUUUACUUCUGAUUUGAAAAGGCGUCCGGAAGUGUUGAAUGCCUCUGACAGUGACAUAAUCAGGAAUUUCAUCAACAGCAACUUCUCCAUGCCUAAUUCCAGCACGCUGCUCCAGCAGCUGGAUACCAUUGAUAACGCAGCCUGCGGCUGGAUCCAGUUUAUGUCCAAGGUGAGUGUGGACAUUUUUAAGGGCUUCCCCAAUGAGGAGAGUAUAGUGAACUACACCUUAAACCAAGCAUAUCAAGAAAAUGUCACAGUAUUUGCCAGUGUAAUAUUUCAGACCAAGGAGGAUGGCACUUUGCCCCCUCAUGUCAUGUUGAAGAUCCGCCAAAAUUCCAGUUUUACGGAGAAGACCAAUGAGAUUCGCAGGGCCUACUGGAGGCCAGGACCCAACACUGGUGGAAGAUUCUAUUUCCUCUAUGGGUUUGUCUGGAUUCAAGAUAUGAUGGAACGGGCCAUUAUCAAUACAUUUGUGGGUCAUGAUGUGGUAGAGCCUGGAAACUAUGUUCAGAUGUUCCCCUACCCCUGCUACACCAGGGAUGACUUUCUGUUUGUGAUUGAGCACAUGAUGCCGCUCUGCAUGGUUAUAUCGUGGGUGUACUCGGUGGCCAUGAUGAUUCAGCACAUUGUUGCUGAGAAAGAACACAGGCUGAAAGAGGUCAUGAAAAUGAUGGGGUUGAACAAUGCAGUCCACUGGGUGGCCUGGUUCAUCACAGGCUUUGUACAGCUCUCGAUUUCGGUGACUGCACUGACGGGUAUUCUGAAGUACGGCAAAGUUCUAAUGCACAGUGAUCCCUUCAUUAUAUGGCUGUUUCUUACAAUCUAUGCCAUUGCUACUAUCAUGUUCUGUUUCCUGAUCUCUGUGGUCUACUCCAAGGCAAAGCUGGCCUCAGCUUGUGGUGGGAUCAUAUAUUUUCUCAGCUAUGUUCCAUACAUGUAUGUCGCUAUCCGUGAGGAGGUAGCUCAUGACAGGAUAACGGCAUUUGAGAAGUGCAUUGCGUCGCUCAUGUCCACAACUGCAUUUGGGCUUGGUUCGAAGUAUUUUGCUCUCUAUGAGGUGGCAGGAGUUGGAAUUCAAUGGCAUACCUUCAAUCAGUCCCCAGUAGAAGGAGAUGACUUCAACCUGCUCCUCUCCAUGGUCAUGUUGAUUGUUGACGCCACUGUCUAUGGAGUGCUGACAUGGUACAUCGAAGCUGUUCAUCCAGGGAUGUACGGACUCCCCAGGCCAUGGUACUUUCCAUUCCAGAAAUCCUAUUGGUUGGGGUAUGGACGGAUUGAAACGUGGGAAUGGUCUUGGCCUUGGGCCAGAAGUAGUAGGCUCAGUAUCAUGGAGGAUGACCAGGCCUGUGCAAUGGAAAGCAGACGACUGGAGGAGACUCGGGGGAUAGAAGAGGAGCCAAGCCAUUUGCCUUUGGUGGUGUGUAUUGAUAAGCUGACCAAAGUCUACAAGACAGGAAAGAAGUUGGCUUUGAACAAACUGAGCCUGAAUUUGCAUGAGAAUCAAGUGGUGUCAUUCCUGGGACAUAAUGGUGCUGGGAAAACUACUACAAUGUCCAUUCUGACAGGACUGUUCCCGCCCACUGCUGGCUCGGCCACAAUCUACGGGCAUGACAUUAGAACGGAAAUGGAUGAAAUCCGGAAGAACCUAGGCAUGUGCCCACAGCACAACGUACUCUUUGACAAGUUGACUGUGGAAGAGCACCUCUGGUUUUACUCACGCUUGAAGGGAAUGGCUGAGGAUGAGAUCCGGAAAGAAAUGGACAAAAUGAUUGAAGACCUGGAGUUGUCUAAUAAACGGCACUCUCUGGUGCAGACAUUAUCUGGGGGGAUGAAGCGCAAGUUGUCUGUUGCCAUUGCAUUUGUUGGCGGAUCCAAAGCCGUUAUUUUAGAUGAACCAACGGCAGGAGUAGAUCCAUACGCUCGCCGAGCUAUCUGGGACCUAAUUCUGAAAUACAAACAAGGCCGGACAAUCCUUCUGUCCACACAUUACAUGGACGAAGCUGACCUCCUUGGCGAUCGCAUUGCAAUAAUUUCACACGGGAAGUUAAAGUGCUGUGGGUCACCUCUGUUUCUCAAAAGUACUUAUGGAGAUGGCUACAAACUGACUGUGGUGAAGAAGCAACCUGAAUCACAAAGUAACUCAGAUUCUGGACAAGAACUCAGUCCUUCGUUGCAUUCUGCCUGCUUGGAAUCCAAGGUCACCCAGUUUAUUAAGAAGUACGUGGUGUCCACCAUCUUGGUCUCAGAUACGAACACAGAGAUAUCUUACAUUCUGCCUUCAGAAGCUGUGAAAAAGGGAUGCUUUGAGAGACUUUUCCAGGCCCUCGAUCUGAACCUGGAAGACCUGAAUUUGACUAGCUUUGGUCUAAUGGACACUACAUUAGAGGAGGUUUUCUUGAAAGUUUCUGAAGAAGAUCAGUCCUUGGAGAACAGUGACAUAGAUGACAAAGAUUCGGGGAAGGAGGGAAUAGCGACACCACAGACAGACCAGAGAAACGGCCGACACAAAGACACCCCUCCUAAAGAAAGCUCACGCCAGAUGAACGUGAAUGUGAGCAAUUUGGUCACAUGUGCCACACUCAGCCAGUCCCAGACGUCUGUCCACUCUUCCUCCUCAGUUGGUUCCGUUCGAGGCGAUGAAAUGGGUGGUUAUUCUGAAUUCUAUGGAGACUACACGCCUCUCUUUGAUAACUUGACUGAUGCAGACAAUCUCAGUUUACAAGCAGAACAAGAACCAGACCUGAAGAGUGUUGUUCUGGAGGGUCAAGGAAGUACCAAACUGGAAGGUUCUUGGCUGAAGCUGUGUCAGUUCUACGGGCUGAUCGUGAAGCGUUACCAUUGUGCCAAACGCAAUACCAAGAGUAUCUUCUCGCAGAUCUUGCUCCCAGCAUUCUUUGUAUGUGUGGCAAUGACAGUGGCACUCUCAGUUCCCGAAAUAGGUGACUUGCCUCCUCUGAUCCUUUCCCCAUCCCAGUACCACAACUACACACAACCUCGAGGAAACUUCAUUCCAUAUGCAGACGAAGAGAGAAAUGAGUACAGGAUAAAGUUAUCACCUGAUGCCAGCCCCCAACAAUUGACCAACACCUUCUAUCUGCCCUCGGGGAUUGGAGCGACCUGCGUCCUAAAGACACCGUACAACAACACAUUAGACCAGUUGGUACAGACCUUGAAUCUAUCGACAAGCGAGACUAAGAUGCUGGCGUCCAAGUACUUCGACUCGAUGUGUCUGGAUUCUUUCACGCAAGGCCUACCACUCUCAAAUUUUGUUCCUUUGCCCCCGUCACCUGCUCCGUCAGAUUUUCCCGACACUGGAACUGACGAAGGAAUGCACAUGUGGAAUUUGACAUCACCUGUUACAAUGAAAGAAACAUUCACGUCAUCGCCUUCCAUUCCACACCCUAUCCAUGAGCCCGUGAGAUGCAGCUGCUCGAUGCAAGGGACAGGUUUCUCCUGUCCAAGUGGGGUUGGAGGUCACCCACCACAGAAGAAAGUGGUGACAGGGGAUAUUCUGGUGGAUAUUACAGGCCGCAAUGUUUCAGAGUAUAUUCUGCAUACCUCCGAUCGCUUCAGACUUCACAGAUAUGGAGCAUUGACAUUUGGGAAUGUUCUUAAAUCUAUCCCAGCGUCAUUCAGUACAAAGGCAGCUCCGAUGGUGCGGAAAAUUGCAGUGAGAAGAACUGCACAGGCAUUUUACAACAACAAAGGUUAUCACAGCAUGCCCACCUACCUGAAUACUCUGAACAAUGCCAUCCUGCGAGCUAACCUACCCAAGAGCAAGGGCAACCCUGCAGCAUACGGUAUCACAGUGACAAAUCAUCCAAUGAAUAAGACCAGUGCCAGUUUGUCUCUCGACUACCUUCUGCAGGGCACAGAUGUGGUCAUUGCAAUUUUCAUUAUUGUGGCCAUGUCCUUUGUCCCAGCCAGCUUUGUGGUGUUUCUAGUGGCCGAGAAAUCAACCAAAGCAAAACACUUGCAGUUUGUCAGUGGAUGCGACCCUGUUAUCUACUGGCUGGCCAACUACAUUUGGGAUAUGUUGAAUUACUUGGUGCCAGCAACUUGUUGCAUCAUCAUUCUCUUUGUGUUCGAUCUGCCAGCCUACACGUCACCUACUAAUUUUCCAGCAGUCCUCUCACUCUUCCUGUUGUAUGGAUGGUCAAUCACUCCCAUCAUGUAUCCGGCAUCCUUCUGGUUUGAGGUUCCCAGCACAGCCUAUGUGUUCCUAAUCGUCAUCAACCUCUUCAUUGGUAUCACAGCCACAGUUGCCACAUUCCUGCUUCAACUAUUUGAACAUGACAAGGAUCUGAAAGCUGUGAAUGGCUACCUGAAAUGUUGUUUCCUCAUUUUCCCGAAUUACAAUCUGGGACAUGGACUCAUGGAAAUGGCCUACAACGAGUACAUCAAUGAAUACUAUGCAAAAAUAGGUCAAUUUGGAAAGAUGAAGUCUCCCUUUGAGUGGGAUAUUGUGACACGAGGGCUGGUUGCAAUGACGAUAGAGGGGUUUGUGGGUUUCUUCAUCACGAUCAUGUGCCAAUACAAUUUCUUCAGAAAGCCACAACGCCUGCCCGUUUCCAAGAAGCCAAUAGAGGAUGAUGAUGUUGAUGUGGGGAAUGAGAGGAGACGGGUGUUACGAGGAGAUGCGGACACUGACGUUCUUAAAAUUCAGAACCUGACGAAGGUGUACAAGUCUCGGAGGAUGGGCCGGAUCUUGGCAGUAGAUCGAUUGUGUACCGGUGUGCGCCCAGGAGAGUGCUUUGGCUUACUGGGAGUGAACGGAGCAGGGAAGACUACGACAUUCAAGAUGCUGACUGGGGAUGAGAGUACAACUGGAGGAGAGGCCUUUGUUAAUGGAAACAGCAUUCUUAAGGACCUGCUGAAGGUCCAGCAGAGUAUUGGCUACUGUCCACAGUUUGAUGCACUUUUCGAUGAGCUCACUGCGCGAGAACAUAUGGAGCUCUACACCAGACUGCGUGGAGUCCCUUGGAAAGAUGAAGAGAGGGUCAUAAACUGGGCACUUGAUAAACUGGAGCUCACAAAGUAUGCAGACAAGCCUGCCGGAACAUACAGCGGUGGCAACAAAAGGAAGCUCUCUACGGCCAUUGCAUUAAUUGGCUACCCUUCCUUAAUCUUCCUGGAUGAGCCAACAACAGGAAUGGAUCCCAAAGCACGAAGGUUUUUGUGGAACCUGAUACUUGACAUCAUCAAGACGGGACGCUCAGUGGUGCUGACAUCACACAGCAUGGAGGAAUGUGAGGCAUUGUGCACAAGACUGGCAAUCAUGGUAAAUGGGCGGUUCAGAUGUCUCGGCAGCAUUCAGCACUUGAAAAACCGGUUCGGUGAUGGUUACAUGAUAACUGUCCGCACAAAGUCCAGUCUGUAUGUAAAAGAAGUUGUCCGUUUUUUCAACAGAAAUUUCCCUGAAGCAGUUUUAAAGGAGAGGCACCAUACUAAAGUGCAAUACCAGUUGAAAUCAGAAAACAUCUCACUGGCCCAUGUUUUCAGUAAGAUGGAGCAAGUCGUUGAUGUGCUGGGAAUUGAAGAUUAUUCUGUCAGUCAAACCACGCUGGACAAUGUGUUUGUAAACUUUGCGAAGAAGCAGAGCGACAACCUGGAGCAGCAGGAAACUGUCAGCACUGGGAGCAUGCACUCGCCGAUCAAGCGCAUUCUCAGUCUCCUGAGGCCAAGGGGCACCCCAACAGAACUACAGGCUCUGACCGUGGACGAGCCUGAGGAGUUAGAGAGCGACGACGAAGGGCUAAUCAGCUUCGAGGAGGAGCGUGCUCAGCUUUCGUUUAACACUGACACAUUGUGCUGAGAGGGAGAUGUUACCGAAUCUGUCCCAUCUCUGAAGACCUUGUACACAGCGACUAAGAACUUUGCAUCAACCCGGCACAGUAAGCGGCGGUGUUGGGAUGAAGGAUUGGAGGUGACUGAAUGUAUGGUCAAUUAUUCCUUCGAGCUGAAAACCACUUCAAAUGGAGACGUUAAAUCCACCAACCAGCAAGGAAUGCUGGUUAGUUGGCGUGAGUGGUUUGGUACCCAUGCCUUGUUAUUCCUGAGGAAGUACUGGCAAGUCACUCUCCAAUAAACAUGAGUCCGUUAACAUUUUAUUUAAUGCAGAGUUGUUUUAUUUUAAUGCACUGUCAAAAACUAGUGUAUAAUACCUGUCUGCUGUGCAUUUGAAUAUUUUAAAAAUUAUUUUUACGAACAGUGCAGAAAUGGUGAUUAAAGUAUUUAGAAUCUUUAUUUUGAAUUACAUAUGCACUGUAAACACUCAGAUAUGUAACCCUUGCCAAAACAACACAUGCAUGAAUUUAGCCAAUGAUCCUUGGCCACCAACCUGCAACGGUUUGUAAUGUGAGUCAGAAAGGGGUAAUGGAAUUCCUUCAAAUUCCCUCACCUUCCCUGUACCCUGACAACUCACUUAGAAAAGUGUUUAAUGCUCUCCAGUUUAACUUACAUAUAUAAAUUCAGCACAAGUUUAAAAAGUGAAUUACCACCUUUCCUUCUCAGAUAGUAUUCUAGAACGUUUUAUAAUAGCUGGUCAGUGCCAGCUUAGGCUAACUGAUUAGGAUCUUCAGUUUUAGAGUAGUAAAGUCAGGGUACUUUGAAUUAUUAUUCCAUAGGCAGAAUAUGAAGAAUGAAAAUAAGAUUCUAUUUUUGAAAGGUAUUCUUACAUUACCAUUCUACUACUACCUGAUUAAAUCCUUGCUGAUUAUUCUUUGCUGCUUAUCAGGCCUGUCUAUGGCCUCAAACAAUUAUUGAAAGUAACCAAACUCAUGUUGCUAUUGUUGUUCAGAUCAUGUCCACAAUAUAGGUAUAAUAUUGAAGACAAGUUAAUUCGUUCAGUCUAAUCUUUCUAUCAUUUGGCUCAAAAGAAUAUGGGACAAAAGGAUUUGAUUCCAGCUGCACAGAUAAGACAUUUAUUGUACAAAAAUCUCUGUAGGAUUAAAUACUAUGUUCUAAAGACUGUUUUUGGCUGAUCAACUCAGGUACGGACUAGAGAACAGUUCCAAGGGAUAUAUUGUGGUAUUAGUUUAGCUUUGGUCAUGUGUUAAACAGCCUGUGAUAGACUACUAGCAUUGUGCAUUACUUCUAAUGUAAUCAGAACUGAACUUCAGAAGCUGAGUGCAAGGGGUAUACCAAACUAUAUCACACACAAGGUUAAACCUAAACUGUUAUCUUUAGUUUCUCCAUAAUUUAUUAUUGCUCUUGUACUAUCAGAGAGUUGUCUAUCACGCCCUAUACAUGAAGCACAAAGUACAAAAGAAAUUAAGUGAAGGUGCAUUGGCUAUGAAAUUAUAUACAAAUUUCUUCUAACUUUCUUGAAAUAUUUCAACUUUUAUUACACCUGAACUUAAAUCUAUUUCCUGACAGUUAAAUUUAAAGCAUAUUAGAAUUAAGAAAUGAUCCUGCCAGACACUCAGAUAAAUGCUAAAGCACAUUCUGACCAAGACUUCAAUGUAUGGAACCAAUUAACAAAUUGAUUUUAUUUUCAAUUAAUGUGAUGCCUUCAAUCCAAAAUGUGCACAUUCAAAUUCCUCUGAGUGUUUACAAUGAGCUGCAGUGCUUACAACUUCUCAACCUAUGUUUAUGCUUAAGCUGCAACUUCUCUUGAAGGUGCCCCAUUUAAAAUAAGCAUGAACAAUCCAAUGCAACUAUAAGCUUGACCUGCUAUGAUUAGGUGAAUGGUUGACACUGAAGCAGCAAGUUUUCAUAAAGAUUCUAAACAGAAAGUAUUGAAAUAUAACUUGCAUUUGAAAUGGAAUGUCUCAUUGAUGUAUAUUUUUUACCUUAUGAUUCUGAAGUGUCUCCCACAGUGGCCAUAAUGUCAAAGUAAUGUUAUAGUUGGCACUUCUUCUGAAAUGAAUGCUGAGAUAAAGUGGCCUUGUUGACCUGGUUGGUGUAAUGCUGUGGUUGAGCCUUUAACUGGACUUUGAGCUCGGACAUUGGCCACACCUGCUAACACAGCAGGUAACAUGAACAGUGAAGAUAUGGGAAUGAACCUGAGUCUUUCCACAGAACUGUUGGAUCAUUUGUUUUCAAAGCCAUUUCUUCUGCUCAGUCAAUGCUUUGGAGUUAAGUGGGAAAGGUUUUGGGCCAGGAUGUGAUAUGGCAGCUUUGUUGAUUUUUAAUACAUUUUGACACAUUUACAUAUUAAUCAGUCCAAUACAAAAUAAAAGGUGAGGGGAUUAAUUUAAGAAUCUUUUGAUUUUCAUCCAUGGUGUCAAUUCUGACCUCCAGAUAGCAGUAUUUAAAUUGAGUCAAAAAAAUGUAAAUCUGUCACAUUCACCUUUUCAUUUAAUUUUCUCUUGAUUUUAAUUUUCACUUUGUUGAAGAAUUCAUCAUUAGAUGUGCACACUGUUAAAUGUUAACUGCUUGAACCAUGCCCAUGCAUUGUGCCUUGCAACAUUUUAAUGUCAUCCUCUGCACUGCACUCUUAAGUGUAGGUGGUCUGAAUAUUGGGAAAGCUACAGUCUUUCUUGAGAAAUUGUGCUCAGAAGCUUUGCUUAAAAUAACAAGAGUCUGAAGCAUGGAUUUCUAUAUUGAGCAAAAAUGAACUGAAGAGAAAUGAGCAUUCAAUCAACAUCCCCUGCAAAACUAAUGAAAAGCAUAAUCACUUAAUUCAACAUUUUUUCCCUUGGUAUUGAGUAACCUCUGGGUGAAAAGGAAUGGAUGUAUCGGAUAGGACAAAGAAAUCUGAUGCUGUUAAAUUAACUUGUAGAUGGCCAAGACAAACUUGGCUGCUGUGUUUCCAAUGGCACACUUGAGUUUCCACUUAAUCCCAAGUUUAUGAAGUGGGGCUGUCAACAAGGAAAUGUGACAGUGACAACAAUAAGCAGGACUCGUAGAAACAGUGGGCCUGUCCAAAAUGAACGCUCCGGGUAGUAGAAGGCCUUCAAAUUUGCCAUUGUAUAGAGUUCAGCAAUUCAUGAAAAAAAAGAUGGAAAAUCAAAAUUUCUUUCACAUUUGCACUCUAAUAUUUAUUUAAUUGGUAAUCUGAAUUACAAACAAAAUGUAAACCCACACAACAAACAAGCCACACAAAAUGGCGAGCCCACCCAUCUAACAAGCCACAUAAAAGUGGACAUGUGUUGCUUUUUUAAAGAGGAUUGGUUAAUCCUAUUCCAUUCCAGUGCAGGAGGCAGUAGUGAUGAUACAAAUUUAUUACCAUAGCCAUCAUAAAGUAUUGUAAAAUAGAAUUAGUAUAUUCUAUUAGAGCGUUGCAGUGGCAUUAACAAUAGUUGUAAUGGCCUUGAGCUUAAUUGCUGGUCUGAGCAAAUGCUCAUUUGAAACUUUGAUAUCAUGUAGGCCUCAUGUUGUCCUUAACCCUUCAAUGCCAGUUGCAAAAUCCCAUAAAAUUUUUUGACAUAAAGAUCACACUUUACAAAAACAUAAUUUUAAAAAGCUUGGCAUUCAUUUUGCCCUAAGUGUCACUCCUUUCCAAAACAUUGUACUAGCGCAGUCACGAACACUUCUGCAAAAAACUUUGUGUCUGACCUGUUGAGCUCAGAUUUCACCAUCAAUUAAUUUGUGUGUCAGUGGAUUUGUCAAGAUGCCUGUUUGUGAGAGAAGUGGGCAUGUUCAAUUGUGGCAUAUUUGCACAUUUCUGUGUGUCUCUUGUUGUUUAUGGGUUGAAAGAAGCCUAUACUGUUGUAAUUUUUUUUGUUCAGGGCAAUGACAAAACAUCUGGCUAGCUAAAUAAAUACUUGUUUUGUUGUAUAAAA